AUGCAGAAGACCCUCCGCCUCACACCUCCUAAUGUAAUCCAACCUGGAUCUCACUCAGGAAUCCAAACUGGAUUCCAUUCAGGAAUCCAAAAUGGAUCUCAUUCAGGAAUCCAAACUGGAUUCCAUUCAGAAAUCCAAACUGGAUUCCAUUCAGGAAUCCAAACUGGAUCUCAUUCAGGAAUCCAAACUGGAUUGCAUUCAAGAUUCCAAACUGGAUCUCAUUCAGGAAUCCAAACUGGAUUCCAUUCAGGAAUCCAAACUGGAUCUCAUGGAUCCGAACUAAAAUCCGUUCAGGAUUUCAAACUGGAUUCCGGUCAGGAAUACAAAUUGGAUUCCGUAAUCCAAACUGGAUCUCAUUCAGGAAUCCAAACUGGAUUCCAUUCAGGAAUCCAAACUGGAUCUCAU